AUUUGCAUCAACGCUUGAGUAUGCAGUGAGAAUGAUGGAGUGUAGAGUUGAUACAAAAAGGAAUAGAAGUAACUCUGGAAGUGUCACUGAUUCGCAGACUGCCACUGAACCAGGGAAAUGGAUUCUACUGGUCGGCAUCAGUUUUGGUCUUCUGUGCAUCAUACAAGCUUCUCUCAAUGUCUAUUUUCGUCUCUACCAUCCUCCAAACAUCGACAAGAGCACAUAUGACAAUGUAACUGCUGAGAUGGACGCGCUUGGGAAACUUCUUCAAACUCGUCGCCAAGACCUGUCGAAGCAAAAAGAUGAGCUGCAGAAAAGCCAUUCUUCCCAGGAAACCUGUGAGCAAACCCUGACCCAGGAAAGAGAGAAGUUGAAGAAGACUCUUUCCAUCCUUGAAGCCAGGGAACUUGAAAUCACUGAAGAAAGAGACAAGCUGAAGCUAAAACUGCAAGCCAUAGGUAACUACACGUCUGAAGGUUGGCUUUAUUUCCAAGGCAGUGUUUACCUGGGCUCCACCACAGAGCAGACCUGGCAGGAGAGCAGGCAGUACUGUCAGCAGAGAGGAGCAGAUCUCACCAUCAUCCGCAGUGUCCAGGAGCAGAAAUUUGCACAUUCGACAUUUAAGGGGCGCCGAUGGAUUGGACUGAGUGACCUGGAGCAGGAGGGGGUCUGGAAAUGGGUGGAUGGCUCACUGGUCAGAACAAGGUUUUGGACGCGUGGGGAGCCAAACAAUCUCAACAAUGAAGACUGUGGUGAAAUGAACUUUAAAAAUGAGUUGAAAAAUUGGAAUGACCACCUCUGCACCGACAGAAAACUUUGCAUCUGUGAAAAGAGACUGGCUUAGUGAUUUUAGAUGUAUUUACAUAUGUCAAAAUUAUAUACUUUACAUUUUGAAUAAUUUCUUUUACAAAAAAAGCUGUUCUUGCGAUGCUAUCACUUUGUAUCUUUUCACAUUUA